UUGCUUUAGACCCCAAAAGGCCAUGCCAUGCCCAAGUUUGGCAGGACAUCCAAAUCGGUAAUAAAGAGGCAAACGAACGCUCUUUGCCUACAAAUAAAUCGCAUUUUUCCGGCUACAGCAGCACGCAUUCACUACGUGGACCGCGAGGAGCAGCAACCUUCCAGCAGCAACAGUCGCCUAACAGCCGCCAGCAGUGUCGAUGGCACUUCAUCGCCACCAGCCACACGGCGCAUCUCGCCACACGGAUCCCCCCAAUUGCAGCAUCAACAACGUCUGGGCAAGCAUCUUAGUAAAUCUGCCUCGGAAUUGAAUGGCCACGAUUUACACAACAACGAAUCGCCGCAAAUUUCACCCAAACGUACCAAAAGCUCAGCAUCCCAGCAUCUGGGAGCAGCUUCCUCUUCGUCGACGUCGGGUGUGGCCAGUGGAGUCGGUGUACUCCAGAAGACGCACGGCUUCUUCAAUAAUCUAAAACAUCGCUGGAGUCGUGCCAAGAGUAAAGAUCGUCUUGGCCGUAAGUCACCCAGUGACUUUCUCGAAGAGAGCACCGACUAUGCCGCCGAUUAUAGCUCUGAGAGCAGUUCCGUGACUCAAAGUCCACGUCAUAGGUCCACCACAAUUGGUGGCUCUCCCCUGGCCCGUGAAUUUCGAGCCACUGCAAAAAUGGCUCAGGUAAUACAACGUUUCGGUGGCUCCAUGGAGGGACGAAUCGAUGAGCAGCCCGAGAAUGGGAAUGGAACUAUGCCAUCUGGUUCGAAUCAGACAAGUGACUAUCAACUGGAAGCUCUGCAGGCCGACGAACUGCGUCGCAAGCGAGAGGCUCAAUUACGUCAAUUCGUCUUCUUUCAGCUGCGUGUGCAUCUCAAAUCUGGCAGCGACCUGGUGGCCAUGGAUAAGAAUGGACUAAGUGAUCCUUAUGUUAAGUUCAAGGUUGGCGGACGUUUACUACACAAGUCGCGAACCAUACACCGUGACCUGAAUCCAGUGUGGGACGAAGUGUUCAUUGUGCCCGUGGAGGACCCCUUUCAGCCAAUCAUUGUGAAGGUUUUCGACUACGACUGGGGAUUGCAGGACGAUUUCAUGGGCUCGGCCAAACUAGAUCUAACCCAAUUGGAAUUGGGCAAAGCGGAAGAUAUCCAUUUGCAGCUAUGCGAUACGAAUCAUGGUGAUGGGAAUGGCGGCGGACGUGGCAGCAUGGGUGAGAUACUCAUCAAUUUAACACUUUGGCCACGCAGUCAAGAGGAUAAGGAAAUGCAUUUUCAACGCAACUCGAAAUUGGCCGAGUCAUCGAAGCGUUUGAAAUCACAAAUCUGGAGCUCUGUGGUUACAAUAUUACUGGUGAAGGCCAAAGAUUUGCCACUGGCUGAAGAUGGCAGUAAGCUGAUUGACACACACUUUAAAUUUAGAUUGGGCAAUGAGAAAUACAAGAGCAAGUCUUCCUGGACAGAGCGUUGGCUGGAGCAAUUCGAUUUGCAUUUGUUCGAUGAGGAUCAGAAUCUGGAGUUGGCUCUAUGGAAUCGCAAUACUCUGUAUGGCAAGGCCAUUAUCGAUUUGAGUGUAUUCCAGAGAGAGACAACUCACGGCAUAUGGCGACAAUUGGAGGAUUGCUCUGGAGAAGUCUUCCUGAUGCUUACCAUAAGCGGCACAACAGCUCUGGAGACCAUAAGUGAUCUGAAGGCGUUCAAAGAGGAUCCACGAGAAGCCCAACUAUUACGCGAUCGUUAUCGUUUCCUGCGCUGCCUGCAAAAUCUACGUGAUGUGGGUCACCUGACAGUCAAGGUCUUCGGAGCCACAGGUUUGGCUGCUGCGGAUAUUGGUGGUAAAUCGGAUCCAUUUUGUGUUCUCGAACUGGGCAAUGCUCGUCUGCAGACGCAAACGGAAUACAAGACAUUGACGCCGAAUUGGAAUAAGAUUUUUACCUUCAACAUCAAGGACAUUACACAAGUUCUGGAGAUCACGGUCUUUGACGAGGAUCGCGAUCAUCGUGUGGAGUUCUUGGGCAAAUUGGUCAUUCCUCUGUUGCGCAUCAAAAGUGGCGUCAAGCGUUGGUAUACCCUAAAGGAUAAGAAUCUCUGUGUGCGAGCCAAAGGCAAUUCUCCGCAAAUUCAACUCGAAUUGACCGUAGUUUGGAAUGAAAUCCGAGCUGUCUGCCGUGCCCUGCAACCCAAGGAGGAAAAACUUAUACAGCAAGAAGCAAAAUUCAAAAGGCAAUUGUUUCUACGCAAUGUUAAUCGUCUCAAGGAGAUUAUAAUGGAUAUAUUAGAUGCUGCCCGAUAUGUUCAGAGCUGCUUUGAAUGGGAAUCACCUAUAAGAUCGAGCAUAGCUUUUGUUCUAUGGAUAGUAGCCUGUGUCUAUGGCGAUUUAGAGACAGUUCCUUUGGUUCUACUGCUAAUUAUACUAAAAAAAUGGCUGAUACGUUUAAUUACGGGCACUACAGAUGCCAGUGCUGGUCACUAUGAUUACGAGUACGAUGAGGAUGAUGAUGAUGAUAAGGAGAAAGAGGAAAAGAAGUCAAUUAAAGAACGUCUGCAGGCCAUUCAAGAGGUCUCACAGACUGUACAAAAUACAAUUGGCUAUUUGGCCUCCUUAGGCGAAAGCACCAUUAACACAUUCAACUUUUCCGUCCCCGAGUUAACUUGGUUGGCUGUUGUGUUGCUAUUGGGAGCCAUUUUGGUUUUGCAUUUUGUGCCAUUGCGUUGGCUCCUGCUAUUUUGGGGCUUUAUGAAAUUCUCCCGGAGAAUAUUGCGACCAAAUACGAUACCAAACAACGAGCUGCUAGACUUCCUAUCACGUGUGCCCGACAACGAGGAGAUUAAUCAGUAUCGUGAAUUACCUCCAACGGCACCCACCGAUCAGGCACGGAAUAAUCCUAAAAAGAAACUGAAAGGAUCAUAGUCUAUAACAAGCGCUGAUGCGGCAUUGGAGCCGCUAAUGACCAGCGCUAGUGGAAGUGGUGGGAGUGGCUCACAUUAUCAGUUUAUGCAGCGCUUCCGGGCCAACACCAGUCAACUGAAGCACAAAUUUGGCCAGGCCAAAAGCUUGAGUCUGAGCCAUAGCGAAUUCAAUUAGGACACCAAAAAAAAAAAUUAAUGUUCCAUUCACACACUUAAAAAUGCACCAAACAUAAGAAAAACAAGUUAGUUUGCUUAAAGAGAAAAGAAAAAAACUAUUUACACUCAAUUAUUA